AUGUGUAUAAUUCAAUCACUGGCUUGUGAAAAGGCUAAAAGAGAAGUACCAAGAGAAACACCAACUGAAGGAGCAGGACUGGAAUCAAGGGAAACUAGGAAGUUAAUAGAAGACUUCAAACUACUUUGCGCUUUAUCUGAACUACCCGGUGUGGAUAUCUUUAUGAAAGGUGUCGAUAAAGUUAAAGGUGAUAAGGGUCCAAGUAAUUUAUUGAGUGUUUUAUACAAAAAAGUAGCGAAAGAU